AUCAGGGUGCAUUUGUAAAAGGAAGAUCGAUUUUGGAUAAUAUUGUCACUGUGAUUGAGUCAAUGGAGAUAAUCACAGAAGAACAAUUAGAUAUGACAAUUGUUCUCCUUGACCUGGAGAAAGCCUAUGACAGAGUUAGUUGGCCAUUUGUCCUGUCCACUCUACGUCAUAUGGGCAUUGGACCAAACUUUUGUGAAUGGGUUAAAACCUUGUACUUCCAUGCAACUGCAUCCAUCAUGAUCAACGGUAGAAUCUCACCCUCCUUCCCACUGAUCAGAUCAGUACGACAAGGAUGUCCACUGGCGCCACUGCUUUUCGUUAUGCAGAUGGAUGUGUUGCUCAAUAAAGUAAGGUGCAACCCCUACAUAGUUGGUCUGCAUACUCGUGGUCACUUACAGUUCAAAGGAAACGCGUUAGCAGACGACCUCACAAUUGUGUCUAAUAACACGGCAAACUCACUCAGAGCGGUUAAGGAGACAUUAGUAGAAUAUUGUGCACUUAGUGAGGCUCAAGUCAACUGGUCAAAAUUGAUGUUUUUCUUGCCGGAACAGUUUGAGAUUUGUGUAGACUUUGGGAUGAAAAAAAUUCCCGCUGAUUCUUCUGAAAGGUUUUUGGGUGUACAAGUAUCCUUACAGAACUGUGCGGAGACGCAGGACAGGAUUCUGGUUGGGAGGGUGGAACAGCGAUUGCUGAGGUGGAAGACCAUUUAUGGCCUAUCACUAUUUGGCAGAGCCCUGAUAGUGAAUGCGGCAGUAUUUUCCCAACUCUGGUACUCAGGAGUUGUCAAGCCCCUUGGGAAAAAGCCUGAAAGAGACAUCAGAACAGCGGCCUCAAGAUAUAUCUGGAAACCGGAUGCAGAGGAGAAUAAGGCCCACAUGUCCAAGAUAUCAUGGGAGAAGCUUACUGCACCACAGGAAGAAGGAGGCCUUGCCGUGCUGGAUCCAGUUCGCCAGAACAAAGCCCUGCUUGGCAAAUGGUCCAUAAGAGUUGCCCUUAACGCAGAAGAUCGCAGCUGGGUUGCACUGGCGGAAUACAUCCUGGCCAAAUCCUGGGGCCUGUGUAGAGGGGAAGAUGUUGUGAUGUUGGCUCCAUCAUACCAGCGAAGGAGGCCGAAAUCCCCCUUCUCGCAAGGAGUAAUCCAGGUUUGGAAGACCCUCGCACUAGCAUCGCUGAAGGAACCUCAAACGCGAGAUGAGGUACUGCGACAGCCUCUUUUUGAAAACCAGUGGAUAAAGAAGGGGGAUGGGUCGGUCUUCACGAUUGCAGGACAAGGGAGCUUCGGGAGAUCGUGGGUGGAAAGGGGAGUACUUCAGAUCGAGGACCUGUGGGACGAGCCUCAGAAAGGGUGGAGGAGUACCUCGGACCUGAGAAGGAACCUAGGGAGACUGUGGCACAUCGAAACAAGGCGGGAUGAACUGAUCCAAGCCAUUCCUGAAGAAUGGAAGCAACAUUUAGGAGACUCACCUUCAACAGGCCGGUGGUACCGCCCCGUUCUCAGCGUUGGCAGGGACCCUUAAAUCCUGAAGCAAGUCAGCCAAGAUAAAGUGGAAGUCUGGGAGAGACAGACUAAAGAUGGGUUACGGGACAAUAGACGA